AGCAAAAGCGAAAAGCGGAAGCAUCCGGUACUGACGACCUGACAGUUAGGCUGGAUUGGUAUAAGGAGGAAAUUUUAUAGGACUUUUUACUUAAAGAUUUCAGUGAGACUUUGUCGUCCUUUAUUUGAUUUAACGGUUAGCAGAGAGGUCUUUUGAAUGAUCUAAUCCUAUAGAAUUUCUUUCCAUCAUCUAUGAGCUACCGAAACAAAACAAUAGAGUGAAGAGGUCCCAGUUCAAACAUCACCCGAUUUCAAAAGUCAAAAGUUGCACGGGAGAGAAAGCACGGAAGUUCUCUUGUCCCAAUGCAGAUUGAUGGAGCAGCCAAGAUCAUGGCUUUGAUCGAGUGAUUCCUCCCUUUCCGUCCAUGCCGAUCUUCUACUAGCACCAUUGCACCAACCAUACUUGCAGUUGCCCAACAACAACAAUGGCUGUGCAGUACCUGCUGCAUUUCAUGGGGUUCUUGGCGUGCUUGAGCUUGACAAUGCCGGCGACAGCAGCGGCGGUGCGGCAGCUGGAGCCGGAGCCGGAGGUGAAGCCGAGCGACACGGACGUGCUCACCAUCUUCCGCCACGGUGCCGACGCCCACGGCAUCCUGGCUGCCAACUGGAGCACUGGCGACGCCUGCGCCGGCCGCUGGACCGGUGUGAGCUGCUCCGCCGACAGCCGCCGCGUCACCUCGCUCUCCCUUCCGUCGCUCGACCUGCGGGGCCCACUCGACCCGCUCUCCCACCUCGGCGAGCUCCGCGCGCUCGACCUCCGCGGCAACCGCCUCAAUGGCACGCUCGACAAGCUCCUCCUUGGCGUCCCCAACCUUGUGCUGCUCGACCUCUCCCACAACGACCUCUCCGGCGCCAUCCCGGCCGCCAUCAAGCGCCUCCCCCGCCUCAUCCGUGUAGACCUCGCCGACAACAGCCUGCGCGGACCCAUCCCGGCGGCCGCGCUCGUCAACCUCACCGGCCUCCUCACGCUCAAGCUCCAGGACAACCUCCUCACCGGCCUCCUCCCGGACAUCUCCGCCCCGCUCCCCCGCCUCGCCGAGUUCAACGCCUCCAACAAUCAGCUCUCCGGCCGGGUGCCCGACGCCAUGCGCGCCAAGUUCGGCCUCGCCUCCUUCGCCGGCAAUGCCGGCCUCUGCGGGCCCGCGCCGUCGCUGCCGCCCUGUUCUUUCCUGCCGCACGAGCCCGCCCCGACGUCGCCUUCUUCCGUGCCUUCCUCGUCGUCGCAGUCCGUGGUGCCGUCCAACCCGGCGGCGGCGUCCUCGUCUUCCGUUGCUUCGUCUUCACCAGCAUUAGCCACACCGGAGUCGCUCAAUGGGGCUGGCAAGGGGGGCUUGAGCACCGGCGCAAUUGCCGGCAUCGCGGUCGGCAAUGCUCUGUUCGUUUGCGCUCUGAUGUCACUGCUAGUAGCGUGUUGCUGCUGCAGUCAAGGCAGCGGCAGUGAGCCAGCCAAGAAGAGGAAGAGACGCGGCCGUGUCGGCCUGGAGGACGGAGACGGCGAGCUUUUCGGCCACCUCAAGGUGAAGCAACCGGCUCGUCCGGGCAGUGUAGGCAGAUGCAGCGACGGCGGGGACAGCGACGGGGCGCGCAGCAAGCUGGUAUUUUUCGGGGUGAACGGGGAGUGCGGCGAAGACGACGACGACGACGACGGAGGCAGCGAUAGCAGCUCCGAGAGGAGGGCUAGGGGCGGCUUAACGUCGACGUUGCACCAGCAGAGGAGGAGCAGGUUCGAGCUGGAGGAGCUGCUGCGCGCGUCGGCGGAGAUGGUUGGCAGAGGCAGCCUGGGCACUGUGUACCGAGCGGUGCUCGGGGACGGUCGCAUGGUCGCCGUGAAGCGGCUGCGCGACACCAACCCCUGCCCGCGCGAGGAGUUCCACCGGUACAUGGACCUCAUCGGCCGCCUCCGCCACCCACACCUCGUUCCUCUCAGGUCCUUCUACUACGCCAAGCAGGAGAAACUCCUCAUCUACGACUACCUCCCCAGCGGCAACCUCCACGAUUGCCUCCACGGGCACCAGAUGUCGGGAGAGUCGCCAUUGGACUGGACGACGAGGGUGAGGCUGUUGCUCGGCGCGGCGCGCGGGCUGGCAUGCAUCCACCGGGAGUACCGCAUGUCCAGCGUACCGCACGGAAACAUCAAGUCCUCCAACGUCCUGCUCGACAAGGACGGCGCCGCCCGCGUCGCGGACUUCGGCCUCGCUCUUCUACUCAGCCCCGCGCACGCCAUCGCCCGUCUCGGAGGUUACAUGGCCCCCGAGCAGUCGGAUAACAAGCGGCUCUCCCAGGAGGCCGACGUCUACAGCUUCGGCGUGCUCGUCCUGGAGGCGCUGACCGGCAAGGUGCCGGCGCAGCACCUGCAGCCGUUGCCCGACGCCGACGUGCAGAUGAGAGGCAAGAAGAGCGUAGCGGCGGUCAGCCUCCCCGAGUGGGUGCGGUCCGUGGUGCGAGAGGAGUGGACGGCGGAGGUGUUCGACGUGGAGCUGCUCCGGUACAGGAACAUCGAGGAGGAGAUGGUGGCCAUGCUGCACGUCGCGCUGGCCUGCGUCGCGCAGCAGCCGGAGCAGAGGCCCUCCAUGGCCGAUGUGGUGAGGAUGAUCGAGAGCGUACCGGUGGAUCAGUCGCCGCUGCCGGAGGGCAGGGAUGUUUCGGUGACGUCGCCGUCCAUCAGCAUUACCACGGAUGAUGGAGAUGGUCGUCUCAGCUACUAAUUCUUCAGCCUCUUUCUUGCCUGAGAUGUCCUUGGACGUAGUGUUGUGGCUUCGGUAAUUGAAAUGGUGACUUUUGCAUUCAUAGGUUGCUAUGGCAGCUGCUGCAAUCUCUGCUAAAAGAUGAGUGUGUAUGUGCCUAUUAUUCUAGGAUCUAAUAUAUGCUUGAGAUCAUAAAAAAUAUUUGUGCCGAUUUGGAAGAACGGGAUUUAGUAGUAACACU